AUGUCUUACUCUAUAGAAAUCACUACUGGUUAUCACGUGAGCCGCACCGCGAUCAACAAAGUUUACGGCGACCCUUUGACUACCAUAGCCCCUAUGGACAAGUCGAAUUUCCGCAAGUCCCGGGCGGCGUGGGGGCUGCUAGCACCCCCUAGCAACAACCCCUACGCCCACAACAACGCCCUGCGCUCGCUGUUGGAGCUGAAACAACUGCGCACGCUGACGCUCAUGGUCCCCGGCCAGCUGAAGCGCCAGACCCGCCGGGCGCUGAUCCACGCCAGCGCCACCGCCCAGGCCCACGGCCGCCUGUUCUCGACGAUGCGAGGCGAGCUCCCGCCGCUUCCAGGUACUCCCAUGGCGGCAGCGGGGGCGAUGCCGGGGCUGGCCCGCCCUUUGGAAGACGAGGGCGUGGGGCUGAUUCUCGACCGCCUCGCCAAGGAACUCUCGACGGCGCUGGCAGCGGAGAUCGACGAGUUCAAUAAAGUGUUACGAAAGGAAGAGCAAUUGGUGUCGCAGCAGAUCAAGACGCUGAUCAACGAGAACCAGAAACAGAUCCUUCAGUUGACUCAGGAUUUACAGCAGAUUAAGCUUGAAUUGGGACAUUUGCGCACUCACCGUAAGGACUUAUGGGAAGCCCUCACUGACUUUAGAGAGUCGGCGGAGCGGCGGCUUGAAAUUGAACAGGAUUCGACCCCCACCCAUUUAAGCGUUAAUGGCGGGGGGCUUGCUGGUGGACGUGGCGGAGGAGACUUGGGCAAUAAGCGGAAAGACCGGCUGUCGGUGCUCGUUCUCCAGAAGAUGUGGGCGCUGGAGCUUCUGCUGUUGUUCAAACACGUCGAGGGGGCCAACAAGUACAUCGAGGCGAUCCCGGGACGCCACGUGCUCGCGGAGCUGGGGAGAUGGCACGAGGUCAACGUGGGGACGUGGAAGCCGGUAAAACCAGUGCACAUGUUCGUGCUCAACGACAUGAUCCUCAUGGCGACGAAAAAGCAGAACAUGGGUAAAGCCGAGACCCUGAAGCAAAAGCUCGUUGCUACGCACUGCUGGCCACUUUCCCAGGUGGAAUUUUCCCCCAUUGACGGACCCAGACUCGACGAAGACCAUAAGGUGUACUUGGUGAACAUUAAGCACAAACAGCUCAGUUACGUGUACCAGACGGACCGCCUCGACCACUUCCUCAAGAUCAACGAGGCGUUCAACAAGGCUCGCGACGAACAGACCCAGCUGGAACGCAUGGCGCGGGCAGCAGACAUGAAGCUGAGCCAAGGCGCCGACGCCUUUGAGGAGAAGCGCCAGUUGCGCCAGCUGGUGCGGAUGUCGACGAUGUUCAACUCCGACCAGAUUGCCCUGGCGUUGAGUAUGCAAUCAAACGGCAAACAACCAGGCCUAGCCGCGGCUCAACCGCAAACUCAGGCUCGCGGGAUGCUUGAAAACAUCAGUGCUCGAGUACACCAGCGAAAUCGCAACACCGGCGAGCGUCGUGGCGGUCCGCUGGCAGCGGCGCUGCCUUACUCACGCUAUAACCAACCGUUGGGACAGGGGGCGCUGUCGUUUACCGAACUUAAAGAGCUCGAAGAUAAGCUUGACGAUGUCGACGUCGAGAUUGCCCACAACAACUAUCCCGAUGCGGUGGGGCUUAUAUGCCACAUUCGUGACCGCCUUUUUGACGUUGAUGACCGCAAUAGUGCCACUGAAAACAACGAAGAAGUGAAGCUUUUGGUGGAGGUGGUGCGGCUUAAAAUUGACCUGCGCCAGGCUAAGGUGAUCCAAGGGUUAAUUUUCGACUUACAAAAUAACGUGGCGUUCUUGGGUGAAGACGAUAUUGAACGUAUCAUCGAGUACUUCGACACUUUUGAUGAAUUGAAGAAGGGGGUGAUCUACUACUUGAACGCGAUGCUGAACCACUUAUACGCCAUCGUGCUGCGGUUGACGGUGGAAGUCCAGGGGCUGACCAAAGUGGAUGUGGUGAACUAUCUCUCCAAUCUCGUGGUGAUCUACGUGCUGAUUAUCAAGCGGGUGAUCCUAGUGUACAACCGCAAAAUCAACCCCAUCCUUGUCCAGGACCCGGAGUCCCAGGUGGACUCGUCGGGCUUGAUGAACUGGUGUAUCGAGGAGAUGUCCAAGUUGGAAGCACUGGUGCGCAAGUACUUGGUGGGGUCGCUUGUGGAGGUCGUGGGCCACAAUGAGGUGACGGAUAUGCCUCAGUACGAAGUGAAAGACAAGACCCUUUUCGCGGAGUUCUUAUCGGUAUUGGCUCCUCAACUCCAACAAUUGAAGGAUGCUGGCGUAAAUGCCGACUUCAAGUUCGAAGACAUCUUGGACCUCGCUUAG